GGUUAUUUAAUAAGAGAACAUCAUUAUAAACAAGCUAUUCCUAUUAUUAUAGACGCGAAAGUUUUUAGGUAUGGAUGGAUAUUUGUUACUCUUUUACGCACUUCACUACUCAUCCACUGAUCGGAAUCCGAAAUUUGGUACACCGAUAGUUUAUAACUUACAUUAAAACAUAGGAUAGUUUUACCUCGAUUGCAUAUUCCCGAAGGAUCGCAUUCAGCUAGACUUUCAUAUUAAUAGCUCAGUCUACCUGACUUUAAGAAGCAAACACACCAAGUUUUACUAUCCCAAUGUCUACAGUCCGCACAAAAAGGUUUACAAGAAAAAUGAAAAUGUCAAAUUGCACUGUAUUUUUAGAUGCAGCUAUUGGAGCUACUCAUGUUUCCUUCUCACAAAUUUACCAAACCAAAUUGCAUUCGUUUAAGAAAGAGAUCAUAAUACUUGUUAACUUAUAAAGCGGUUUCCUCUGUGAAGUAUCAAUCGAUUUCCUAUCGCUAUGUACUGAGAGCUAAAUGUAAACUGUUUACGUUGCCGGCGCGGUUUUUACACGCGACGCACACUGGGGCAAGCUGUAUGAAGGCGAUGCCCAAAAUUGAAUUUCUAAAAUGAGGGUAUUUCAAGAAACUUAUGACAAAACAUCAAAGUUCGAUAUAUUUCGCAUCACAUAGCAUUGAUAUUAUCCAUCCAAAGGUUAUCAGUUCGCUAAUAUAUUGCCACAAAGUUGAUAGAAUUGAUAGUUGUUGCAUUUGCACUAUUUCGUCUGCGUGAUUCAAGUGUACAUAACUUCACUGUUAUUGAAGUUAUCCAAAAACUAAAAUAUGUCCAGUGAAGAUCAAGAUAUGUCGAAAAACGUCAUUAUCAGUAGAAAAACUUUAGUAGAAGUAUUUUUUAAGAGUAAAUAUAAAUCAUUUGAUAGUAAAUUUAAAGAAAUAAUAGAUUUUGUUGCUUCCCAAACGAAUUGUCCUACGCAAUCUCGUACAGAUUUAACUUUACAACUGCGUAACUUCAAGCGACAAUUUAACACGAAAUGGUUACUACACGGUAAACAUAGAGAAAGACUAUUCGCUAAUGAAAAGACUUGGUUGGAUGGAAGUUGUAAAUUUACACGUUUUGUAGUCAUAAACUCAGGAAGGCCCACUUCAAAUUUUAGUGACUCUAGCGAAAAUUCAAAACGCAGAAAAACAUCUAGUCUGCGUGCUGAGAUGGAUGCAGAUUUUUUAACUUAUGCAGCACAAAUGAAGCUAAGGUCCUCAGGUAGAACCACAGAAGCACAAGUUAUUAAAAAAAUGUCAGUAUGUCCCAAAUACGCAAAAGACUGUUUUGACAUAUCUACCGAAAUAAAGGUCAAGAAAAUAUCACCGCGGGAAGCACUUUCAUUACUAAUUGAGGCUCAACUAUCUCGUAAACAAUAUGAAAUUAUCAGAAACUACGCUAAAGAUAUUUUUCCAUCUUACAAGUUGGUGCAGGCAGAAAAGGCUCUUUGCUAUCCGAAAGACGUUCAGGUUACAGAAACUGAAGCUGUCGUGCCCCUUCAGUCGUUGCUUGAUCACACUGCCACUCGUCUGAUACAUUCACAAAAAAGUGUUCUUCUUACGCAGUCAAUAAGCUCUUCGGAUAAAAUUGUAUUGCAUACGAAAUGGGGUUUUGACGGAAGCUCCAGUCAUACCCAAUACAAACAAAAGUUUAUUUCGGAGACUGCUGACGACAAAUAUAUGUUUUUAAGUAGUCUCGUUCCAUUAAGACUUUCGUAUGAGAAAAAUGAUAGCACAGUUGUUUUGUGGCAAAAUCCAAAGCCUUCUUCAUCACGAUUUUGUCGGCCGAUAAGUCUCCAGUAUCGUAAAGAAACUGAUGAAUUAGUCAAAGCAAAAAAACAAGACAUUGAUCAACAAGUUGAAAAUUUGUCACCAACAAAGAUUAAAGUGAAUGAGAAUGUAUAUGAAGUUGUGCAUAAGGCUAUUUUUACAAUGGUGGAUGGUAAAUUAUGUAAUGCCCUCUCAGAUACGAAAUCUACAUUGAAGUGUUAUUUAUGUAAU